CCAGCACUUUCACAAUGGAACGACGCGUGCCAAAUGCGAGGUCGAAACAAGGCACUGUCGUUGAGCAGAAGCAAAGAUUUCUCCAAACCAGGAAACACAUUCUAUCGCGUCCAAUACCGCCAUCAGAACGGUUGCGCACUCUUGCGCAAGAUGGUGGCAUUGAGCUCAGUGUCAUGAAAGGCGUGCUUGAUAAAGUCAACCGCGACCUCAAACAACACUCGCGAAAAGUCUACAGCCGCCAAAUGAUCGAGCACGUCGUCGAGCAAAUAGACAUACUAUACUGGGACUCCGGCGCGCAACACGCCGACGACGACAACGAAGACGCAAACACUUCCUCCGACGCCCCCGAAAACGACGCGCACACCCUCUACCAAAACGACGACCUAACCCUCGACGAGAACAUCGCAAAGCUACCACCCACAUGGCCCGACCACUCCGCCGAAAUCACACAAGACGAAUACCUCUCCUCCGUAUCCCGCCUCCAAGAACUCUCUGCACAUCGACAGACCCUUCAGAACCGGCUCGAUACAUACCGCACGCUGCUAUCGCUGCUAGAACCGUACCGUAACCCCAAAGAGAAUAUACAGCCGAAUCUGGUGUGGAAAGAUGCGCCGCUUGCGCCGGAGCUGGCAAAGACGCGCACGCUGGCGAUACGUGUUGCGGCGCGUGUCGAGGAGAAGUUUGGGGAUGUGCAGGUUCCUUCUACGGCGGAGGGUGACGAGGAUGUUGAUAUGGAGGGGUUGGAGGAUGAAGGGAGAAGGAAAGUGGAUGCGGUGCUGGCGAGUUGGUAGGACUGUCCAAACUUGCCUGGUUUGCUUUUGGGAGUUUACUUCGGCGUUUGGAUAUGAUACCCCAGGUUCAUCAACUCGCUUCCAGCAGCCCCACAAAACAUCAUCACUACCACAAGCCGUCUCUAGGACCUAGGCCUUUACCCCCGUUUUCCCCCUCUCCUCCACCGUCCUCGCCAUCUCAUCCCCAACCCCCGACCCCAUCGCCUUAAACCCCUCAACCACACCCCGCUGAUCCCCGACCCCC